AUGAAGUUCCUCUCCACUAUGCUGGGCUUCGCCGCCCUCACCAGCGCUGCUCCCUACGCCAGUAUUCCCGCCAAUAACGCCAGUGUUCCCGCCAACAACACCAGAGAGACCCGCAUCGCCACCUUGUGGGAUGCCUCUCAGUUCCAAGGUUCUUCUUACAAUAUUGAAGUGGCCACCCGCUGCGACUCGCUGGUACACACGUUCAUGAACCUUGCCACGUCGUGGAAGGUCAGCGAGGGUUGGUACUGCGUUUUCUACGAGUAUGUGCCUUUUCCUUCUUCCCCCUAA